AUGCAUGCAAAAUCGGAUUCAGAGGUUACAAGCAUUGAAGCUUCAACGCCACCGCGGUCUCCACGGCGGCCAUUGUACUACGUGCAGAGCCCAUCACACUCACAGCAAGAUCUUGAAAAAAUGUCAUACGGGUCGAGCCCAUUCGGUUCCCCGACCCAUCACUACCAUUGCUCCCCCAUUCACCACUCCCGCGAGUCGUCCACUUCAAGAUUCUCCGCAUCUUUGAAAAACCCGAGAAACGCCGUCAGCGGCUGGCGGCGGCUGCAAAGAAAAUACGAUGAAAUGGGAGACCAAGAAGAUGAUGAGGAACAUGACGUUGAAGAUGAUGUGUCCGAUGGUGGUGCCCUGAGGUUCUACGUGGUGUGCUUUUUGUUCUCUUUUGUGGUUCUGUUCACCGUUUUCUCCUUGAUUCUUUGGGCUGCCAGUGUGCCUUACAAACCCAAAAUUAUCGUUAAGAACAUUGCUUUUGAGAAUUUUAAUGUACAAGCUGGAAUGGAUGGCACGGGUGUACCAACGGACAUGUUAACUUUGAAUUCAACUGUGAAGAUUUUAUACAGGAACCCAGCCACCUUCUUUGGUGUUCAUGUCACUUCUUCACCCCUUGAAUUUCACUAUUAUGACCUCAAACUGGCUUCUGGUCAUAUGAAGAAUUUCUAUCAAUCAAGAAAGAGUCAAAGGACGGUGAUAGCUUUAAUUCAGGGGUACCAGGUGCCACUUUAUGGUGGAAUUCCAGUGCUUAAUGGCGCUAAAGGUCAUCUUGAGAGUGUAGCUGUGCCUCUAAACCUGACGUUUAUUAUGAGGUCAAGGGCCUACAUUCUGGGGAGGCUGGUAAACCCGAAGUUCUAUAGAAGUAUCUUAUGUGAAGUCACUCUGAGAAGUAACCAUCUAGGCAAGCCUGUUAAUUUGACAAGAUCUGGUUCUUGUGUUUAUAAGUAG